AUGUAUAAUCAGUUGACAAUAUCUUCUUCUUCAUCAUCAUCGUCUUCUUCGUACUAUGAAUCGUUGAAGAUUUUGGAAGCUGAUGUUCAACACGCAAACACCUUGGCAGAAGCAAUUCCAAUGGGGAAGAACAAUGUGCGACUUCAGAUGAAACUAGUUCAUAGUAACUUUGCUUCACUGUUACUGAUCUUACUUCGGUGGAUUGAUCUUUCUUGCUCCUGUUUCGUUCCUCGCUACUUAAACCUCUUCCAUGUCCUUGUCUACAAGGUUCAUUCUGAUGGACAACCUAAGCUUACCACACACGGAAGGAAAGCAACAAUCAGUGAGUUCUAUGGUGUGAUACUACCAUCACUUCAGCUAUUACACAGCAACUUAGACGAGUUGGAAACCGGAGACAUUGGGUUUGAUCUUAAAAGACUCAGCAAGAAGAUAACUAAAGAGGCUCGCAGUGGUAGUAGUAGAUUCACCAGUGCAGGGUUAGAGCGUGAGGAAGAGUGUGGAAUCUGUUUAGAGACUUGCACCAAAAUGGUGUUGCCUAAUUGCUGCCACUCUAUGUGCAUCAAAUGCUACCGCAAUUGGAACUUGAAGUCUCAGUCGUGUCCGUUUUGUCGAGGCAGCAUGAAGAGAGUGAACUCAGAGGAUUUGUGGGUUCUUGCUGGUGAUCACGACGUGGUGGAUGCAAGGACUGCUUCAAGGGAAGAUUUGUUCAGAUUCUACCUCUACAUCAACAGCCUUCCCAAGGAUUAUCCAGAAGCUCUCUUCUUGGUUUACUACGAGUACUCAAAUCUGAUUUAG